CGGGCCCGGGCGGGGCAGUCUGGCCGCCUGCGAGCCCAGCCCGCGGCCGUCGACCUUCCCCCUCCCUUAGAAAGCGCGGGCUGCUCUGAGGGGCCGGGGGUGGCUAUCCCGUAAGGGAAACGGACGAAAGAGGGAAAAACAAGCGGCCAUCUCUUCACAGCCCCAGAAGGGACCCGCCUCCCUACGGGUCUUUCCGGAAUCUCGAGGCAGUGUUGGAAGCCGUGAGUAAGGGUACGCUCCUACCCCCACCCGCAGCCCUGGUCGCAGAGGCUACUUCCGGUCCAGAGUGGAGCGCGCGCUAAACGCGAGGCGCCGGGCUUUGCUCCGGGAGUGUGAGGGCGCUGCACUGUUCUCCGGCUGUGCCUGAGGAGAUAUUUCAGUGGUCUCCAAAGACAACUUCAUAUCUAGAUAAUGUAACAGAAAGGGUCAGAAAACAUUAGGCAAAUAAAAGUGUGGAGUAUAUUAAGCAAGAUGAACAUCACUGGAAGCAGUUGUGGAAGUCCUACUUCUGCAGAUGUAUCUAAUGACUUUAAGGAACUUUGGACAAAACUGAAGGAGUAUCAUGAUAAAGAAGUACAAGGUUUACAAGUAAAAGUAACCAAACUGAAAAAGGAACGGAUUUUAGAUGCACAAAGGCUGGAAGAAUUUUUCACCAAGAAUCAACAGCUCAGAGAGCAGCAGAAAGUCCUUCAUGAAACCAUUAAAGUCUUAGAAGAUCGGUUAAGAGCAGGGCUAUGUGAUCGCUGUGCAGUAACUGAAGAACAUAUGCGGAAAAAGCAACAAGAAUUUGAAAAUAUCCGGCAGCAGAACCUUAAACUUAUCACAGAGCUUAUGAAUGAAAAGAAUACUCUACAGGAAGAAAACAAAAAGCUUUCUGAACAACUGCAGCAGAAAAUUGGGAAUGAUCAACAGCAUCAGGCAACUGACCCUGAAUCUGAGGAGAAUGUUAUUCCACAUUCACCAAUAACGGCUUUUUCAUUUUCUGGAGUUAACCGACUUCGAAGAAAGGAGAACCUCCAUGUCCGAUAUGUAGAACAAACACAUAGUAAAUUGGAGCAUUCUGUAUGUACAAAUGAAUUGAGAAAAGUUCCAAAGUCUUCAGCUCUUUCACGACAUAACCCUAAUGAAAGUGAAAUUCUAGUGGCUGACACUUGUGAUCAAAGUCAGUCUUCCAUGACUAAAACACAUGGAACAAGCAGUUAUCCCACUGAUAAGUCAUCUUUUAAUUUAGCUACAGUAGUUGCUGAAACACUUGGACUUAGUGUUCAAGAAGAAUCUGAAUCUCAAGAUCCCAUGAGUCCUCUUGAUGAUGAGCUCUACCACUGUCUGGAAGAUCACAAGAAACAGCCUUUUGAAGAACCCACAAGAAAUGAUAAAGAUGGUUUAAGAUUUUCAGAUUCUACUUCAAAGACUCCUCCCCAAGAAGAAUUGACUACUCGGGCAUCAUCUCCUGUAUUUGGAGCUACCUCUAAUGUGAAAAGUACUUUAGGUUUAAAUACAAGCUUGUCACCUUCUCUUUUAGAGACUGGGAAAAAAAACUACCUGAAAACAGCCACUUUAAACAAUACUUCUAAUUCCAGAUCAGAGAAAACUAGAUCAAAAUCUGAAGAUAGCAUCUUUUUCACACAUCAUAAUCUUGGGUCUGAAGUGAACAUGAUCAUUAACCAGUCAUCUUCUAAAAAGCAGAUGCUUAUAAAUAAAAAUAUAAAUGAGUCCAGAGGUGCACAGGAUAGUACUGAUCACAUUAAAGAUGCCAUUACUGAUAAAGAUAAACAUUUAGUGCCUUUGAAACCAUUGGGAGGCAGAACAUUCAAAAGGAAGAAAACUGAGGAAGAAAGUGACCAUGAAGUAAAUUGCCCCCAAGCCUCUUUUGAUAAAGAAAAUGCUUUUCCUUUUCCAACGGAGAGUAAUUUGGCCAUUGGUGGAGACUAUGUGAUGGAUAAACCUCUGGAUCUGUCUGAUCGGUUUUCAGCUAUUCAGCGUCAAGAGAAAAGCCAAGGAAGUGAGACCUCUAAAAACAGAUCGAGGCAAAUGACUCUUUAUGAGGCUUUGAAACCUGUUCCAAAGAGUUCUUCCUCAAGUCGAAAGGGCUUGAAUGGGAGCUGCAUGUUAACCAGAGAUUCCCCAGAGGAUCCCUGUGUGCAAGAAUGCAUCCUCCAGUCCUUGAGUAAAUCCUCCCCAGAUAAUAAAACAUCAUUACAAAUAAAAGAAGAAAAUCCUGUCUUCAAAAUCCCACCGCGUCCACGUGAAAGUUUGGAGACAGAGACUCUUUUUGAUGACAUGAAGGGUGCUGGUUCUCGUGAACCAAUAAAAAUGAAAACCAAGUCAGUUCAAGGAGCGUGUGAACUUGCAUCAGUUCUUCAGUUAAAUCCAUGUAGAAUUGCUAAAACAAAGCUUCUACAAAACAAUGACGAGGUAUCUUUUGAAAAUAUCCAGUGGAGUAUAGAUCCAGGAGCAGACCUUUCUCAGUAUAAAAUGGAUAUUACUGUAAUAGAUACAAAGGAUGGCAUUCAGUCAAAAUUAGGAGAGACAGUGGACAUGGACUGUACGUUGGUUAGUGAAACUGUGCUUUUAAAAAUGAAGAAGCAAGAGCAGAAAGAAAAAAGUACAAAUGGAGAAAGAAAAAUGAAUGACAGCUUGGAAGAUAUGUUUGAGCGGACAACACAUGAGGAAUAUGAAUCCUGUUUGGCAGAAAGUUUCCCCCAAGUAGCGGAAGAAAAGGAGGAAUUGUCAGCAGCUACAAACACCUGUGGUGAUAAACGUGAUAAAGUCAAGCAGAAAGCAUUUGUGGAGCCAUAUUUUAAAGAUGAUGAAAGAGAGACUAGCCUACAUAAUUUUCCUCAUAUUGAAGUGGUUCGGAAAAAAGAAGAGAGAAGAAAAUUGCUUGGUCAUACAUGUAAGGAAUGUGAAAUUUAUUAUGCAGAUAUACCACCAGAAGAACGAGAAAAGAAGUUGGCUUCCUGCUCAAGACACCGAUUCCGCUACAUUCCACCCAACACACCAGAGAAUUUCUGGGAAGUUGGUUUUCCUUCCACUCAGACUUGUGUGGAGAGAGGUUACAUUAAGGAAGAUCUUGAUCCUUGUCCUCGUCCAAAAAGACGGCAGCCUUACAAUGCAAUGUUUUCUCCAAAAGGGAAGGAACAGAAGACAUAGAUGUAAGCAAAAGCUUGAGAACAGAGGACAGUUUUUUCUUUGAUAGUUAUUUAUAGUUAAAAUUAGUGUUAAAACUGUUUUUUUGAUCUUCUAUAAACUGAUUUAUAAAUCGGUUUUCUAUUGAAAAUGUUUUUAAAUGGCAUUUAGCAACCACACAAUUAUUUAAAGUAUAGAUGAGAGUUCAAGUUGUAUUUUCUUGCUUUUGCACCUUUAAAACAAUAAGGUGUCUUCACUUUGCACUCUAAUUAAAGAGACAUUUAUUUGGUAAUAUCUAAUUACAGUUUCGAAAAUAUGAUAGCUUUAGUGUGUGAUUUGUUACCUUCAUUUAUUUUUCUUUUACUCCAUCGUCCCUUGAUAUUUACAUUCAGCAUUGACUUCAUUCUUUUAAUCAUUUGCUCU